UUCUGUUUCACCGCGUUGGAGGGUUCGGAGCUCGGGUUCAGCCAUGGUGCUGCUACAUGUGCUGUUUGAACACGCCGCUGGAUACGCACUGUUUGCAGUGAAAGAAGUGGAGGAGGUUGGUCUGUUGAUCCCACAGGUGGAGGAGACCCUGCUGAACGUUGGAAAGUUUAACAACAUUGUGAAACUCGCUGCCUUUUCGCCAUUCAAAUCCGCCCAAAGUGCCUUGGAGAAUGUGAAUGCCAUCUCAGAAGGAGUCCUGCAUGAGGACCUGAAGCUGCUCCUGGAGACCCACAUGCCGGCCAAGAAGAAGAAGGCUCUGCUGGGAGUAGCGGAUGCCAAGAUUGGUGCUGCCAUCCAGGAAGAGCUGAAGAUCCCCUGCCAGACUGGGGGUGCAGUGGUGGAGAUCCUGCGAGGAAUCCGCCUGCAUUUCCACUCGCUGGUGAAGGGGCUCACCGCUCAGUCGGCCUCCAAAGCUCAGUUGGGAUUGGGCCACAGCUACUCCCGCGCAAAGGUCAAGUUCAACGUCAACAGAGUGGACAACAUGAUCAUCCAGUCCAUCAGUUUGUUGGACCAACUGGAUAAAGAUAUCAACACGUUCUCCAUGCGGGUCAGGGAGUGGUACGGCUAUCACUUCCCGGAGCUGAUCAAGAUCGUGUCGGACAACUACACAUACUGUCGCAUGGCCAAGUUCAUUGGCAACAGGAAGGAGCUGAGUGAGGAGAAGCUGGAGGAGAUGGAGGAGAUUGUGAUGGACAGCGCCAAGGCUCAGGCUGUGUUGGACGCAUCUCGUUCAUCUAUGGGGAUGGACAUCUCCCCCAUUGACCUGAUCAACAUCGAGAGUUUCUCCAGCAGAGUCAUUUCCCUGUCGGAAUACCGCAAGGAGCUGCAGGAAUAUCUGAGAUCCAAGAUGAGUCAGGUGGCCCCCAGCCUCUCUGCUCUGAUUGGAGAAGUGGUGGGUGCCCGUCUCAUCUCCCACGCCGGCAGCCUCACCAACCUGGCCAAGUACCCGGCCUCCACGGUGCAGAUCCUGGGAGCGGAGAAGGCUCUGUUCAGGGCACUGAAGACCAGAGGGAACACGCCCAAAUACGGGCUUAUCUUUCACUCCACUUUCAUUGGCCGAGCCGCCAUGAAGAACAAGGGCCGCAUCUCCCGCUACUUGGCCAAUAAGUGCACCAUCGCGUCUCGCAUAGAUUGCUUCUCAGAAAUCCCCACCAGUGUGUUUGGGGACAAGCUGAGGGAGCAGGUAGAAGAGCGUUUGGCUUUCUAUGAGACCGGGGAGGUGCCCCGCAAAAACCUGGAUGUGAUGAAAGAGGCACAGCAGGAGGCCACAGAAGUUGUAUCCGAGGUCAAGCGGAAGUUGGAGAAGAAGGAAAAGAAACGCAAGAAGCGGGAAAAGAGGCAGCUAGAAGCGCUGGCAGCAGAGGAGGCAGAGGAGCCAUCGCAGAAGAAAACCAAAGAGAAUGGAGAGGAGGAUGAGGAACCGAAGAAGAAGAAAAAGAAACGCCAUUCUGAGGCAGAGGUCUCUGAGAACGGGAUGGAAGAGGAAACGUCGUCCAAGAAGAAAAAGAAAAACACUGAGCCAGAAGAGGCACCUCAGAAACUCAAAAAGAAGAAAAAGUCCAAAGUGGAGACUGAGAGCUGAAAUGGGGGAGAUUGUGCCCCUGUUAGAGACUCUGUGCCCCCCCUCCCCCAAGGGCAGAAAAGAACUCCAGAGAAUCAUUUCAUAUAUUUUUUUCUUAAUGUUGAGCUGUUUGUUUUGGCUGAGAGUGGGGCCCUUCUGCCCCGAAGCCUGUGGAUGAAUGGAGAUUGUAUUUGGGCCAAUUAAACUUUGUAUAUAAUG